UGUAUUAGUGCGUAACAGCCGCUGCGAAACAAAUGUGUCUACACUGUCAGCGAAAAUACCAUCAAUACGAACGCCAAGGGCCUAAGGCUCUAAACUCUGAUUUUUACAAAGGCUAGCAGACGGUAUUAUUUCGUUCCGUUUGUAAAAAGUUCUUCACGUUGAACGUACAGACCGUAGAGUAACAGUUUUACUGGUUUUACUUUACCACUCGGCAAAACAAAAAGUUAAUUAUGUUACCCUUGUCAUUAUUGCGUACGGCGCAGAAUCACCCCAUGGUAACAAUUUUUAAAAUUAAUGCUUCAACUUACAAUGGCCAUUUGGUGAGCUGUGAUAACUGGAUGAACAUUAAUCUACGAGUAAUUUGCACCUCCAAGGAUGGUGACAGGUUCUGGAGAAUGCCAGAAUGUUACAUUAGAGGUAGCACAAUCAAGUAUCUUCGAAUUCCUGAUGAAGUUAUUGAUAUGGUAAAAGAAGAAGUAGUGGCAAAAGGCCGUGGUCGUAAGUGAUGGCAAAGGAAGAGGUGGAGCCCAAAGAGGCAGAGGUGGUAAUAGAGGUAUUGUAUUCAUUUAGUAUACUUGUUAGUUGUUGAUAGUAUUGUUGGUCAUCACCAGCCAAGUAAUUAUAAUUGAAAAUUACAAAAUACGGGAACCAUACUUAACAUUUCCUAGGAAUUAAAACUUUAUUUUACACAUAUGAAGUAAACAUAAGUUGGAGACAAUCAUGUCAAGAACAUGAAACAAAAUUAGUGUAAUUAUUGAACAUUCAUUUCUAUUUCUUGUACGUCACGACAACAGUGCUUUACGUACGAGAAAUUUCGAAUCCGAUCCUAAAUAAUCAGCCUCAAAUCGUCGUAUAAUGCACCACUGUUUUUUCCCCGUCGUUUGCUGUUAGCAGGAGCAUGGGAAAUGCUAGCCCAAAGGGCCAAAAAAUGAAUCACUUACUACCGUAUUAAAGUCUAAGCAAUAAAAUAAUGAGAUUUCAUUGGAAGAACUGUAUUAUACAUGUUACUUUUUUGUUCAUUAUCAGGAUCUUUUGGAGCCUCUAGAGGUCGAGUGCGCCUUCCGGGACGAGGAGGUGGAGGCGGUACUAACAAACCCCGUGGAAAGUAAAUCCUUAUUGCCAGAUGAUUUUUUCCAAAUAUCGCAAAGUUUUCAUUUUCGCGCCACUUUUGGUCGUGACAGAAACAGUGAAGCACACAUAACUCAUACCUUGUUGUUCGCGUUUUUUCUGUCAAAUUUGUAUUUUGCUAACUCAAAUCCGAACAAUAAAUGUCGGAGAAAUACAUCGUUAAGUGAAAAAUAA